GCCAUACAUUACACCGGAAAAUGUUUAAUAAAACUCCAGAGUAAUUCAUCUUUGACACAACACACGAUCUUCGCUGCAACUUAUCGGACACAAAAUAAACAACUCCACAAACCUCCAAAUAAGCGGCCGUCCAGCACAGCUGGGCUGACAGGAGGGAAGGGGAGAACAUUAACCUUGGUCUCCCUUAGAUCCUGAUCCUGAGUGAACCUGCUAGCCAUGGAUGACAUCUCCUCACUGGGCAAAGUCAGCAGCUCAACAGAGUCCGUGGCCACCGUCACCAGUGAAGAGUUUGUCCUAGUGCAGUCCAGCUCGGCCAGUUCACCGCAGGGCUCUGAGGGCAGACCAAGACUCAAGAUGUCCUGGAAUGGAAGUGAUCAGCUGGAAAAGGCUAUGGAGGAGGUGUUGGAUGAUGAUGAUGAGGUGAAGGUAGAAAAGAGCUGUGUGGAACAGAUGGAGAAAGAAAAGAAACUAGAGAGCCAAGUAUCAGAGACCCAACCUGCAGAAGCAUGUCCGGCACCAUCCAGUCCCAGUGUCAUAGAGGAGGACAGCGUCCAGUUCAACAAGCUAUCGUAUCUGGGUUGCACGUGGGUCAAAGCUCCUCGCAACGAGGCAGAGGCGCAGAGAGCCAUGGCGACCCUGCGAGCGGAGAGUGCCAUCCCGAUUCCCAUCACACUGCAUGUUCCCUGUUGUCCAGAUGGUUCUGUCAGAAUUGUAGACCAGGCCUCAGGAACAGAGAUCGCCUCCUUCCCCAUCUACAAGGUGUUGUUCUGCGCCCGUGGGCGGGAGGGCUCUGUGGAAAGUGACUGUUUCUCCUUCACCGAGAGUUACCGAAGUUCAGAGGAUUUCCAGAUUCACGUUUUCUCUUGCCACAUCAAAGAGGCCGUCUGCCGCAUUCUUUACAGUUUCUCCACGGCCUUUCGGCGCUCUUCACAACGAGCAGACAUCAGGGACACCGCGCUUUCUGGCCCGCCGGAUGGUGAUCUCUACACCUUCACUGUCUCACUAGAGAUCAGAGAAGAUGAUGGCAAAGGCAACUACAACCCAGUGCCAAAGGACAGGGAUAAGUUUUACUUCAAGCUGCGACAGGGUGUCCAGAAGAAGGUGCUGGUUUCUGUUCAACAAAUGUGCAACAAGGAGCUGGGCAUCGAAAGGUGUUUUGGGAUGCUGCUGAGUCCCGGGCAGAAAGUCUGCAACAGUGACAUGCAUCUUCUUGACAUGGAAUCAAUGGGAAAGAGCUCAGAUGGAAAAGCCUACGUCAUCACAGGAACGUGGAAUCCCAACAUGGCCGCCUUCCAGCCUCUGAAUGAAGACACACCUAAAGAUAAGCAGGUCUACAUGACGGUGGCGGUGGACCUGGUGGUGACCGAAGUGGUGGAACCUGUUCGCUUCCUGCUGGAAACCCUCGUCAGGGUCUAUCCGUCAAACGAACGCUUUUGGUACUUCAGCCGAAAGACCUUCAGCGAAACGUUCUACCUCAAACUGCGGCAGCAGGCCCCUGACAGGGUGAGUCAGAGUGACACUGUGUAUGAAGUGGUGAGUCUUCAGAGGGAAGCAGAAAGAAACAUUGAAGAAAGGGAGCAGGUCACCUCCCAUAAUGAGGAAGAAGAUGUCGAUGAAGAUAGUGACAGCGAAAUCUCUAGUGGGACUGGGGACGUCUCCAAGGACUGUCCGGAGAAAAUACUGGAGUCAUGGGGAGCAAUCCUCACCAGAUGGCAUGGGAACCUGUCCACUCGUCCGAAGGGUUUGCCCUCAUUGGUCCGCAGCGGCAUUCCCGAGCCACUCAGAGCCGAAGUCUGGCAGCUGCUGGCCGGUUGCCACGACAACCAUGACCUGCUUGAACAAUACCGCAUCCUCAUCACCAAGGACUCGGCGCAGGAGAGCGUCAUCACCCGUGACAUCCAUCGCACUUUUCCAGCACACGACUACUUCAAAGAAUCUGAUGGAGAUGGACAAGAUUCACUCUACAAGAUCUGCAAGGCUUAUUCUGUCUAUGAUGAGGAAAUUGGUUACUGUCAGGGUCAGUCUUUCCUGGCUGCCGUUCUUCUUCUUCAUAUGCCUGAGGAGCAGGCCUUCUGUGUCUUGGUGAAAAUAAUGUACGAAUAUGGACUCAGAGCUCUGUACAAGAACAACUUUGAAGAUCUUCACUGCAAGUUCUAUCAGCUGGAGAAACUAAUGCAGGAACAGCUCCCAGACCUUUGGGCCCACUUCCAGGAGCUGAACCUGGAGGCACACAUGUAUGCCUCCCAGUGGUUCCUCACCCUCUUUACGGCCAAGUUCCCCCUCUGCAUGGUUUUCCACAUCGCUGACUUGCUGCUUUGUGAGGGACUGAGCAUCAUCUUCAAUGUGGCCCUGGCUUUGCUCAAGACGUCCAAAGAAGACCUCCUGCAGGCGGACUUUGAGGGGGCUCUCAAGUUCUUCCGGGUCCAGCUGCCGAAGCGCUACAGAGCUGCAGAGAACGCGCGGCGGCUAAUGGAGCAGGCCUGCAACAUCAAGGUUCCAACCAAAAAGCUGAAAAAGUUUGAGAAGGAGUAUCAGAUGCUGAGAGAGAGCCAGCUGCAACAAGAAGACCCCAUCGAUCGAUACCAGAAAGAGAACCGGCGUCUACAAGAAGCCAGUAUGAGGCUGGAGCAGGAGAAUGACGAUCUGGCACAUGAGCUGGUCACCAGUAAGAUCGCCCUGCGGAACGAUCUGGACCAGGCUGAAGACAAGGCCGAUGUCUUGAACAAAGAGCUGCUGAGCACCAAACAACGGCUGGUGGAGACGGAGGAGGAGAAGAGGCGGCAUGAGGAGGAGACCGCUCAGCUGAAGGAGGUUUUCAGGCGGGAACUGGAGAAAGCAGAGAUGGAGAUCAAGAAAACCACCGCCAUCAUAGCUGAGUACAAACAGAUCUGCUCCCAGCUGAGCACCAGGCUGGAAAAACAGCAGGCGGCGACUAAAGAGGAGCUCGACAUCGUCAGGAAUAAAGUGAUGAGCUGCGAACACUGCAGAGAGCUGUUCAGCCCUUUGGGCUCCCUGCAGGCUUCGUCCCCCGGCGGCGACGGGACGUCCAGCGAGCCUCUGGACGAGGAGAAGGACGGACUGACGGAGCAGCUCAGGCAGCUGGAGCUGGAGCUGGCUCAGACCAAGCUGCAGCUGGUGGAGGCAAAGUGCCGAAUCCAGGAGCUGGAGCAUCAGCGCGGCGUCCUGAUGACUGAAAUCCAAGCUGCUAAGAACUCGUGGUUCAGCAAGACUCUGGGCUCUCUGAAGAGCUCGGCCUCCUCGUCCUCCAGCUCCGUGUCCCAGACUCCGUCCUCUCCGAAGGACGGGCCCGCCUAGCUGGACCUCCACCACUCUGUCCCCCCUACAUUCCCCUGCAGGAUGCACACUCGCGUUGCGAACAAAGGCUGAAGAAAGUAGUGAUGGAGAAAUGCAGUAUUCCUUUUUUUUCAGUGGGUUGGGAAAAGUUGAGCUUCCUUAAAUCGCGAUGAAGAGGAGGAAAAGACGUUCUCUGUUCUACAGUCUGGUGAAGGUGAAGUCUGAAAUUAGUUUAAAGUUAACUUGUCACAAGCACCUUUAAGAUCAAUUAGCACCAUCUUGUGGACAGUUCUUGCUAUUGCAGAGAAAUAAAGGUCAGGAUUUUUCUAGUAGCUGAAACUUAAACCGCAAAAUAAGAAACGAUUUUAAAUCCAUCACAAUUGUUUUAUACAUCUACCAUUAAAAACAGAAACACCCAGCACUCUAAAGAAAGGAAUACUGCCUAUUGUAGUAAAUUAAAAUAUCACACAAGUUGCAAUUCUUUAUAGUAAUAUAACGUAAACAAUGUUGUCUUAUAAAUAUGUAUAACUAAUUGUUGACUUUUUUUUAUUUUAAAUAAUCUUGUACAGUUCCUUAAAAGAAAAAGAUACAGAAAAGCUCUUAUAUUUCUUUUCUACUGUUUGGAAGUUGAAUCUCAUCUCUGUAGAUGUUGACGUAAGCACAGUGUGUGAGGGAUCGGCUCGGGUCCAAACGCCGAGGAGCCAAAAAGUGACGACCUGCAGAGAGUUUCUGCUCACCCCGAACCGCAUUCAACAUGUUUUCUGCUCUCAGAACAUUUAUUGUGCAAACUUUUUGCGUUUUGCAACUUUUAAUUAUUCAGUUUGACUAUUUUUUCACAAUUGGCACUUAAAAUGUUAAGUUUAAAGCAUCAAGUGGCCGAAUUUCUUUCAAACUGGUAUAUAACAGCAUCUGUUAGUCUUAAAAGUUAGCUGUCUGGGGGCCUCUAGGCGUUGACCGUUAUGGAUCUCUUAAAACAUUGCAAAAAGUUUUAAUCAAAAAGUAGAUUGUGAUCAAAUCACUUUUAUUUAAAACAGAAACAGCGAUUCUUCCUGCUGUUGCUAAAAUAAUCUCACAUUUUUAUUAUUCCAGUUGUAUUCUGUAGUAUGUAAUCUUAUUUUGAUCCAUGAAUAUGGAAUACUUGCUAAAUCUUUUGAAAAGUGUCUUUUUUGCUAUUUUGCUCUCUAAAGAGUUGAUAUUAGCUGAUUAAUUAGUUGGGCUGUUUGCAGUUGUAGCCAGUCAGCUGCUUGCCAAUUAAACUCUCCAAACAGCAAUACUUCAGUAGGAGCGACAGGUGGCGCUAUUCUUUUUCACUUCAGGACUGUUCAGCUUUUGUCUAACCUGAAAUCACUCAAAAUAGACAAACGUAUAGAUGUUUCGUCUCGUUUCGUUGGAUAAAUCAAAUUUCUAGAAAUGAUGCACAAUUUCUAAGAAGUUUUUAGAAACACGAAUUCAGAUAUUGAUCUUGGAAAAUUAACUAUUUUCAUGUGAAAAAGGCUUUAAAACUGUUAAGCUGUUAACCCUAACUAUUGUAAUCCACAGUAGAAAAGGCAAAACUUUCCUCACAUCUUUAUUUAAGCUAAAAUUAUCAACAUAAAGCCAGAAGCUCCAAACAGCUGAGUACCCAGAUUAUUAUUCAUCUGCUACUUUGAAUAAUUUAUUCCCAGGUAAACAUAUUUUAUCUCAUGACAUUAAUAAGCAACAUGCGUAUUGCUGUCAUUGCCAAACCGUCCUGAAGCCGUCUGGUAUGACCGUGCCAACUUCUUUAAUUUUUACACUUAUUUUAAUUUGUCUGGUUAAAGCACAAAAGCAGAAAACAUUUCAUAUUCAGGUAUAUGUUGAGGAUGAUUUUCUUGCCAAAAAUGUAAAUUUCAAUGCACUUUAGCUUCAUGUCAGAGAAGCUGCUCGGCUUUAUUCCUCUCUGUGGUUGACACUGAAGUCGACCUUUGGACUCGGACCAAUCCCACAUGUUCGUUAUGUGUGUGUUUUCUGUAACUCGAACGUUUGAAGUCGUUUCUUCAUCUUCACGUUGCUGCCUUUUCUGUUGAUGACUGAAGCAGCUGGCUGGAGAGACGAAAAGCCAUCAGAGUGUCCGAGAGCAUCAGCUGUGCCAUAAGAGCCUCUCCACGGUCUUCCUCUGCUCCGCGGACCGUCUGCACCACCCUGAGCGAGCGUUACUGUAUACCACAGAUUACGUCCUAAUCCCAGGAUUCACGUCACUUCUCCGUGACGUUCCUGUUCUUGUCGGUCUGUGAGUGGAAGUGGUUGAACCGGGUGGAGAGAGCUCCCGGUCUGUUAUGUGCACUAACCAAAUGUGGAUAUUUUAAACACUAUUUUAAGAUGUUUGUUUUUGUCUCAUGACUGUUGCUGAGAAGAGAUCGGCCCAUUUCUAAUCUAAUUCAGUUCAUUUCAGAGACCCGGAAGCAGCAGAUGAGUCAGAUUAGAGGCGGCUGUCGUUGUGUAGUUUACAGUUUGUUGUUGAGAUCUCAGUCUUGUUACAGACGGCUCCUCGGCUGGUCUGACUUCACUGUUUCCCUGUACAGAAACCGUUUCUGCUGCAUUAAUAAACUUCAGUUUGUUCAUGAA